AUGAAUAUCAUCGAAUGGGCUUUCGGAAAGCGCAUGACGCCUGCUGAGCGCCUGCGCAAACACCAACGAUCACUCGAGAAGACACAGAGAGAACUGGAUCGCGAACGUGUUAAACUCGAGAACCAGGAGAAGAAACUGAUCCAGGAGAUCAAGAAGAGCGCAAAAAAUGGACAGAUGGGUGCUUGUAAAAUCCAAGCCAAGGAUUUGGUGCGGACACGGCGGUAUAUUGAGAAGUUCUAUUCCAUGAGGACACAACUACAGGCGAUUUCGUUGCGGAUACAAACUGUCCGGACGAAUGAGCAGAUGAUGCAGGCUAUGAAAGGCGCAACUGGUGUCCUAGGAAACAUGAACAGAAGUAUGAAUCUGCCAGGUUUGCAGCGAAUAGCGAUGGAAUUUGAAAAAGAGAACGACAUUAUGGAUCAAAGACAAGAAAUGAUGGACGACGCUAUCGACGAUGUUACUGGCCUAGAAGACGAAGCAGAAGGCGAUGAAAUCGUCGACCAAGUCUUGGAGGAGAUUGGAGUUGAUCUCAAGAAUGCCAUGGGAGAAACCCCACAAGGUCUUCAAGGUACUGCCGUCGCAGAAGGAAGAAUAGCACAAGCUGUUGGGGGUGGAGGCGGCGGUGGUGGUGCAGCUGAUCCAGGAGAUAACGAUCUCCAGGCACGACUGGACAGUCUGCGACGAUAG